UUGUUGUUACACUUGCAUCAUCUAUGAUAACAUAACAAUUUUACGCCAGUGACCACGUGUUUGUGUAAGGGAGAGGGAUGGUGUGUGGAAGGAGGUGAUUGUUUUUUGUGGGGAUCGUUUCCGUAAAUUCGUAAUGGGGGACGAUGGCUUAAUUUCAUCUGUGCUUAAAUUUGCUACUAGUAAACAGUUUUUAUGUGGCAUUGCCUUUGGACUUGUUGUUGCAUAUAAAUUUCGACGCUACUUCACGAAGCCAGACAGACACGUAGAAGUGGAAAGUGAAAAACUGUACAGUGAUUAUGGUGGUGAUGUCAAAAUGGUUAUUGUGGUACGCAGUGACUUAAAGAUGGGCAAAGGGAAGAUUGCAGCACAGUGUGCCCAUGCAGCAGUGAAAGCUUUCAGAAUUGCCGAGGAGCUGUGCCCAUCAUUACUGCUAGCGUGGCUGGAGAAUGGUGAACCUAAAGUUGUCGUACGGACUGAAAGUGAAAACGAUCUCUUGGCAUUGAGGAAAGCUGCACAGGCAGUGGGACUUAUUGCUGCUCUCAUACAGGAUGCUGGAAGGACACAGAUUGCUCCAGGUUCGCGCACUGUGUUGGGCGUUGGGCCCGGACCAAGCGAACUCAUUGACCAAGUGACAGGGCAUUUGAAGCUUUGUUGAUGGCUCCUUACGGAACUUAUGACUGUGCAGUUUUUGCAUUGUUGCACUUCUGAUUACAAGGAUUGCUUAAAGCAUCAGUGUUGCCUCUGUGCUAUUGUACUCAAAAUACAGUAUUAUUUGUAACAUUAAACCUUCAUUAUAUUGAAAAAUUGUUAAUGAUGUUGGAGGCAGGUAUUUUCUGAUAGAUUGUAAUACACAGUUGAUCUUCACACUGUACCAGUCAUAAAAUGGAGUGCCUUCAUCUUAGCUUUCUUAACACCAAAUGUAAAAAGUAAUAAAAAAAUGUGACUUGUCAUUGAA